UCGAACACGAAGCUCCGUCGCCAUUGGUCGGACACGUGUCUGGGGCGUUUCACUGGGACUGCCCGGCUGUGUCCGGGUAAGAUGGCGUUGGAAGAACAGUGCUCGGCACCACCUCGAUGGCGGUCCAUAUCUCUGACACACGUAGAGUUCCCCGAGGACGACCUGACGGGACAAGUGCUGGCCUACAUCAGUCUCCUGCCCAUCGCGGUCCUUGUGGGGUUCGUCACACUCAUAGUGUUUAAACGGGAGCUGCACACGAUCUCCUUCUUUGGUGGGCUUGUGCUGAAUGAAGGGGUGAACUGGCUGCUGAAGCACAUUCUCAGAGAGCCACGCCCCUGUGCAGGGGCUCACACAAACCUGUACUCAGAUUAUGGGAUGCCCUCCAGUCAUUCCCAGCUUAUCUGGUUCUUUGUUGUUUACUUCUUUCUUUUCCUAUAUUUAAGAAUGCAUCAAACGAACAAUGCUCGGUGUGUGGAUCUGCUUUGGAGACACAUACUGUCCAUCAUUCUGUUGGGCUUGGCCUUAUCGGUCUCAUACAGCAGAGUCUACCUGUUGUAUCACACCUGGAGCCAGGUUUUCUACGGCGGAGUGGCUGGUUGUACCAUCGGAAUAGUCUGGUUCUUUAUCACACAAGAGGUGCUGACACCGUUAUUCCCCAAAAUAGCAGCAUGGCCAAUAUCAGAGUACUUCCUGGUGCGAGACACAAGCCUGAUCCCCAACAUCUUAUGGUUCGAGUAUACAGUGACCAGAUCAGAGGCAAGGAACAGACAACGAAAGCUUGGAACAAAACUUCAGUGAUCUGCACAGUUCUUUUGUGAGACUGAGUUUAGGACCACAGACACACAGACACACAAACACACAAAAACACAAAAACAAAAAGCUCACUCGACGAAAACACACUGGAGAACCAUCUUUGGGACUGACAAUGGUUGCAAGGAGUAAAGGGCAAAAAAAUAGCGUUUACAGGUGGCGAAAGAGUGCCUGGACCUGGCCCAGAGCCUACAGCCUGACCGAGUCCGUCCACGCGCCUCUCCUCCUUGUACAGCUUGCUCCAAAUGCUCUUCAAGUGCAUGCAAGACUGUGCAAGAGGCAUAAUAUUUAAUGAUAGAUUAAUAUAUAGAUUUUAACUAUAAACGCACGCUGACAGUAAUGGAAAACUGUAAGAGAUUCAACGAGCCAAACAAAAAGGAGGCCUUUUGGUCAAAUUUCAGACAAAUUGGUGGGCGUCAUUGCAGCAUGUAUUUAGUAAUUCCUUUUCCUUUUUUUAUAUUCUGAUGAAUAGCUGGUGGGACGUGGCUGGUGGGGUGUGUGGGGGGGGGGUUGGUUAUGGCUAGGUUGGGGUGGGGGGGUGGGGUAUGUGGAAUUAACCAUUUUUCAUUGUUAUAUAAUAGAAAAAGAACAAUUUCUAAAAAUUGGUUAUGAUGUAAUAUAAAUGAAAAUUUGCACUUUGUGAAAUUUACAAGUCAAAAAAACAACAAACAAAAAAACGACUAACACUAGUUAAAUGUUAAGACCCUCCCUCUUUCCCCGCAUCAGUCUUUGCUUGUGUCUAUUACGGUCAGUCGUAAUACAUUAGACUCCAGAGCUGAUCUACGAGCAGUGUAAAGUUUAAUGUAACCUCUGUACUAUUGAGCAUCGAGGUGGUUCCUGGUCGCAUCCACGUUUGAGGAUGACAAGGCCGAAUCACAGCAGCAGGUUUCAGUUGUUUUUCAUGUCGAUCACACUUUGGACCGAGGUGGUGAUUUCUUAAUGCCUCACACACAGUAGCAGCCUGGGAACAGAUUUCUGGGAAUCCGCUUUUUUUUUUUUUCAUUUCCAAGAUAACAUUCCAUAUCAUUUAGUGAGAAAACGUACAUACAGGAUGGACUGCCCGGAUUGUGGGGAAGUGUUUUCAUUUUUGUAUUAUUUUUGAAGAAAGGAGAAGAAGAAAAGAAAAAAGCCUCAGGUCAGUCGUAGCAUGUGAUUAUGCUCAAUUCCUCAUGGCCCACGGCAGCUAUUGAAAGCUGCCAAGUGGGGAUCUGAAGCUGAUUUAAAACUGUCAUAUCAUUAGCUCAACAAAGGGAAGUAGUUCUCUUAGAAUUUGAUUUUUUUUUCUCCCCCCAUUUGUAACCUAUAUCAGGCUGAAUAAAAUUGUGUUCAUGUACGAUA